GCUCCUUUAGCGAUUUUCAAACCUCUCCUUUAACAUGUCUGCAUGCCUUCUGCUCGUUUUCUCUCGUAGGGGGUCGUUAAAGCUAGACUCCCCGGUGCUGUCCGGGUGGGGUGUCUGUGACGGGGUGUUCCGGGAGGCUGUAGCAUCACUGGGCUAGCUGCCGCCCGGCGGUGGCUGCUGGCCUUGAUGAGACAUCCACAACCUCGGAGUUAGCGAGAGAAUGCUAAAACAGCUAUCAGAGGCUGUCGUGACAAAUCCACAAACGCUAGCUGAAGUGCCAUCUUGUCAUAGCAAGAGCACAGUUUGUCGCUUUGCUCUCGUCCUGUCGCGUUUUGCCGAUGUAAAGCUUAACGUGUCAUUGCAACGGUGCAAUCUACCAAACGCGGGGACCCAAGUGAGCUGAAAUCAAUCUUCCAGAAGUAUGCCAGUGUUGUGGACAAGGAUGGCGAGAAGUUCAUGACCCCAGGAGACUUUGUCCAGAGGUAUCUAGGACUUCACACGCAGAUCCACCACAACCCCAAAACUGUCCAGCUCAUUGCUGCUGUUGCUGACACCACAAAGGACGGGCUGAUCUCUUUCCAGGAGUUUCUUGCAUUCGAAUCGGUGUUGUGUGCGCCUGACACUCUCUUCAUAGUCGCCUUCCAGCUGUUUGACAAGAAUGGAACUGGAAACAUUUCCUUUGAGAAUGUGCGGGACAUCUUCAGCCAGACCACAGUGCACCACCACAUUCCCUUCAACUGGGACUGCGAGUUCAUCCGUCUGCACUUUGGGCACGACCGCAAGAAACACCUCAGCUACCUCGAGUUCACCCAGUUCCUGCAGGAGCUGCAGUUGGAGCAUGCACGUCAGGCAUUCGCCCAGAAAGACAAAGGGAAGAAUGGCGUCAUCACCGCCAUGGACUUCAGUGACAUUAUGGCCACCAUCAGACACCACAUGCUCACACCUUUUGUGGAGGAGAACCUCGUCUCUGCUGCAGGUGGAAGCACCUCUCACCUGGUCAGCUUCUCGUACUUCAACGCCUUCAACUCCCUCCUGAACAACAUGGAGCUGAUUCGCAAGAUCUAUAGCACACUGGCUGGCACGCGGAAGGACACACUCGUGACCAAAGAGGAGUUUGUUCAUGCUGCCAACAAGUUCGGUCAGAUUACUCCCAUGGAAAUUGACAUCCUGUAUCAGCUGUCAGGCCUGCACUCCCCCUCUGGGCGCCUGAAUCUUUCUGACAUUGAGAGGAUAGCUCCGUUAGAGGAAGGAUGUCUGCCCUACCACCUGGCUGAAACCCAAAAACAGGCCCAUGGGGAUAGUUCCAGGCCUGUGUGGCUCCAGAUUGCAGAGUCGGCCUACAGGUUUACCCUGGGCUCCAUCGCUGGAGCUACGGGAGCGACAGCAGUGUACCCUAUUGACCUGGUGAAGACUCGUAUGCAGAACCAGAGGUCCACAGGAUCCUUUGUUGGAGAGCUGAUGUACAAGAACAGCUUUGACUGUGCUAAGAAGGUGCUUCGCUACGAGGGCUUCUUCGGCUUCUAUAGAGGUCUGGUCCCUCAGCUUAUAGGUGUGGCGCCUGAGAAGGCUAUCAAACUCACAGUGAAUGACUUUGUAAGGGACAAGUUCAUGAGCAAGGAUGACACGAUUCCUUUUAUUGCUGAGGUUUUAGCCGGUGGUUGUGCUGGAGGCUCUCAGGUGAUCUUCACCAACCCUCUGGAGAUUGUGAAGAUCCGCCUGCAGGUGGCAGGCGAGAUCACCACCGGACCUCGAGUCAGCGCAGUGAGCGUGGUUCGUGACCUGGGCUUCUUCGGCCUCUACAAGGGUGCUAAAGCUUGUUUCCUGAGAGACAUCCCCUUCUCUGCCAUCUAUUUCCCAGCAUAUGCCCACCUCAAGACCUCGUUUGCUGAUGAGCAGGGCAGGCUGGGACCUUUGCAGCUUCUCACCGCUGGAGCAAUAGCAGGUAUCCCUGCAGCCUCCCUUGUAACGCCUGCUGAUGUCAUCAAGACGCGUCUGCAAGUUGCUGCGAGGGCAGGACAGACCACUUACUCAGGAGUCAUCGAUUGCUUCAGGAAGAUCAUGAGAGAGGAAGGGUUCAGGGCUUUGUGGAAGGGAGCUGGAGCUCGUAUGUGCCGGUCCUCUCCUCAGUUUGGUGUGACUCUGGUGACUUAUGAGCUCCUACAGCGGUGGUUCUACAUUGACUUUGGAGGACAUCGUCCGUCAGGAUCUGAGCCCACUCCCAAGUCACGCAUCUCAGAGCUUCCUCCCAUCAACGCCGACCAUGUUGGAGGCUACCGCCUGGCUGCGGCUACCUUUGCCGGUGUGGAGAACAAAUUUGGCCUCCACCUCCCCAAAUUCAAGUCCUCCGGCGUGGCUUCCAUACAUCUCCCAGAGCCAGUCGUUGCCACGCCGGCUCAGGCCCCAUAAAGGGUCUGAAUCUCCAUAUCACUUUGCCAUCAUCCCUCUCCUCUACCAGGAGCCAGACACUUAGAUAGAUACACAAAUAAAACACGCACACACACAGAGCUAAAAUACACUCCAUGAAUAGGGGGGGCGCGAAUUUAGGAACAAACACCAGGGUGAAGGUGAGCUCCACUGGUCCCCAGCCAGAGAAGGAGACCUGGCUGCAGCUGAGGACGUAACGGAGCAGACAGCGGGACCAGAGUGCUGACUGUGUCGUAUCUUCAGUGGCUGUACGCUCCUGGAACCUCCAUCUUUUGUGUUCUUCUCUCCAGCAUUGGUAUAAAACGGAGCCUCCGGCACUCCUCUCUCUCUCAUGAGUAGCUGAUUUGAUUUUUAUUCUGUUUUCUGUCUGAUACUCAGUGCGAGUAGGACUUCUCUUAUUGGACAGCGGGCAUAGGAAAUAUUAGAUUGGUCAGCAUGGUGUGUGGGGCUUCACUAUGGUUGGUCCUCACACAGGGGGCAGCAUACUGUACAUAUUGUAAAACUGUACCGAGACAGCACAUUGACAGGAAGGAAAAUGUUACAAGGCGAAGCUCCGUAACGUUCAUUCGGCACCAUUAUACAGUAACUGUAAUGUUAUGGCAAUGUGGGGCCUUUGGUCCUGGUCUCUGAGAAUCACUCUUACUGAUGUACAGAACUUUUCAAUUAAGUGUUUUCUUGAUAAAACAAGAAUCAUGAGAAGAGAAUUAGAUAUUAAUAAAUUAAAUGUAUCUCAAUUCAGUCAUUGUAUUUUAUUGAAAUAAAUCAUCCAUAUGGUUUUAAUUUUA